AGUUCUUGGGGGCAAAAUGUAACCUUCCCAAAAAUCAGACAGAUAAAACCUAGAACUCGCCGGACAUGGACCAUCCUCCCUCGUUUCACCUCAGCCACUUCCCCUCUUUUUGAAUCCACCACCAGACCUUCGUCUUUGCCUCCUUUCAUUUUCUCUCCAAAGAUACGAUUCCAUCGCCUUUCCGUUGUUCCCUUCCUCGUUUUCGCAUCCUUCCCUCUCUCGUCAGUUCACGUUGUCGCCCGCCGACGACCGUCUUCGGCUAUCCGUUUCUAUUCUUUUCCUCUCCUUCAUCCAUCCAAAUUGGUUAUUAUUCCUCCCCUCGCCCACCUUGCGCAGGCCAGCCAUACUGUUUGCUGUGAACUAGGGUUGUUCGGCUACCGCGAGUUUCUAUAAAGACUGGGAGUGUCGGUCGAAUUGGAUCUUCCAAAUGGAAGAACAAUUUAUACUCCGCGUUCCUCCUUCAGUCGCAGAACGAAUUGAACGCCUUCUGAAUGAGAAUGGCUCUUCUUCUGCUGAUGGAGCAUUGGAUAUCUCAUUUUCAGAGGAUGGACGAAGUGGUACAUUUAUGAUCGGUAAUGAAACUUUUCCUGCAUCACUUUUGGAUCUCCCUUGCAUAGUGGAAUCUUACAAAACUUACGAUGAUAAUGUAUUAAUCAAAACUGCCGAUGUUGGUCAGAUCAUCAUGGUGAAAGAAGAAGGAGAUACAUCUGUUGAGGGUGUGGAGUACAAGCAUGGCCUUACUCCCCCCAUGAGGGAUGCUCGUAGACGGCGGUUCCGCAGGGAGCCUGAUUUAAAUCCGGAAGUUGUGGCACGAGUUGAGAAAGAUCUGCUGAACAUAAUGUCUGGUGGAACUGUGGAAAGAUUACAUGUUGAAACAGUUGCGCCUGAGGCAGGCGGCCAGCGCAAGAAAAAUGCUCCACUGCCUUCUGCAAAGCCAGAUGUACCUACAAAGAGUGCUGGAGGUGAGCCUGAAAGAAGUGAUUCUGAUGAUUCAAUGUAACAAGAAAGUUAUCAAUCAAUCACAUCACGCUUUCAACUCCGAGGGUUAAAUCGUCUUGUUUGGAAUUUUCAAGUCCUUUUUAUCUAUGUUGUUCGUAUUUCAACUUGGUCAGUAAAAUAUCUCUAUAAAGGCGGAUACUGUUACAUCAAUGUAUUAUGUUUUGAUACUUUAUCAUACAGUCAGAGAUAGACUCGCUGCUCAUUUGCUUUUCUCAUC